AUGGCCGAAGAAGUUACGGUCGCAUUACGGAUGGUACGAGGUACCUCAUUUGGCUUCAAGGUUCGCCAGCUGGAAACUGGAGAACAUGUCAUUUACCAAAUCUUGGAGCAUUCACCGGCAGCAAUGUGUUCGAAGGUGGAGAUCGGAGAUGUCAUUUUGAAAAUUAAUGGCAAGGAUGUCACGUUGUUAGAAUGCAAGCACGACGCGAAAAUAAAAAAACUAGUCUGUAGCGCGGCCAGAAGCUCCGGGGAGUUUCGUCCACAGUUGGAACCACAAAAGGAGGAGGAAGUGUACACUGUUACAAUACCACGUCCAGUCGAUCGCUGGGGCUUCGGGUUUGAGCUAUAUAAAUCGGAACUGGUGGAGCAUGUGAUCUCUGGUAUCUACCCGAAUACGCCUGCAGCUCUCUGUGAGAAGGUACAAAUGAAUGCACAAGGUUACAGAGAUGAUCAUGAUGACGAUAACAGCGAUGGUGAAGACGGCGACAAUGUCCCCGAAGAGCGUACCUCCAAGCGCUCCGAUGACCGCCGCUAUGGAACAACCAACAAGAAGCGAGGCAGUGGAAAAGGCAAGAACAUGGCACCCAUCGGUUACGAUACGUUAUCAUCUUCGACGAGCGUCUCGGAAGAGCGUUCCAGUAGCGUCAGUACUAGUCUAGUGGGACCGAAUAGCGGAAUCGACAAUGAUGCGACACAACCGCCUAGUCCAUCUUCUCCUCUUCUGUCGAUCGGAGGCAAUGACCUCGCACGUACCAAGCAAAAGAGUGUCAUAGAUGAUAACCUCGUUAGCUUGAGCAACAGUUACAAUAUGAAGUCGUCACAGAUUUCUAUUGUCUCGGAUGGUAAAGAUUUUGGGGAGAAGCUACCAACGCUGAAAUUUGCUGGUGGAUCCCAAUUCAACAGUGGAGGUGCGAGUGGUAACUCCUCCAGUGGGUUACAGCGAUCUAAUAACGAGAUAGCUCAUCAGGAAUUUGCAUCCUUAGAUGGUACUGGGGGAGGAGCGGGUGCUGUAUCGACCAAUAGCGAUGUGGUAGGCUCUGCAUUUGUUGAUGCAGGGAAUGGAGGAGCUAUCCGUAAACGUUAUGCGGUGGGCUUCCGGACUAGCCGAUCAGAGGAUCAUUUACAACAGUCGCAACGCGAUGGAGGCAUCGGUGCAGUUGUUUCGAUCGACAUCGACGAGGACGUAAAUAGCUCGCUGAAUACUUUGCUCGACCCACGCUACGAUGCUCCUGAGGAUCCCAUGAUUUCCGAGCACGAACUUGUACAAAAAUCGAUAAAUGAUCGACCAUCAGCGCAUCAGACUGACAUCGUUGGUGCCUUCAAGAUAGGUGGCAAUGUAGCUGGCGAUAUUGAUAAAAGGAUGGGACCGGGAUCUGCGUCGGCUACGACGGCCGUACGUGCCGUAGUGUCAUUUUCAAGCUCGCCAAGUUCUUCAACACAUCAUUCGCCAAGCGGUAGUCCGAUUUCGCCCACAUCCGUCUCUUCGUCCGUGAUGACCUCAUCUGGCGGUUCACGAGAACAUUCACACCAGGGAAAUGGCAAUGGUGGCCAGUUAGAACCAGGUGCCACUAGUGCUCCCGGUAACAUCUCAUCAGCGCUCGGAUGCCCAAAUAUUGUAGGCCACCAACAGCAGACAGCAGGACGCGCUGUCGCGUUGCAAGCCGGUACAAUGGGUAGCGGUUCGGGAUCGGGUAUAGCAAACACGUCAAUCGGAACGGAUCUAAGUUUGUCCGAGGCCAUCUCAAGUCCAGACUUUCAGGAUAACGGCGAAGAUUUGCUUACUACGGGUGAACUAAUGGAUCUAAUACUUAGCGAUCCAAGCGAAGAUUCCGAUUCGACGAUCUUGUUGUCAGAGGCUUUCACUCGUGGCGAAUACCCCAGUGUCGAACGCGAUUACCGUGUCGUAAUUCCAGUACGAUCUGGCGACGCUACUAAAGACACUAGAGGGGGGAUUAUGGAAGAAGACAUCAAUACUGGUGCCUCGCAGAAACGAUCGAUUGGUGGUGCUAUAGGUAGUAACCUUAAAGCCAACUUCGUUCAGACUAAUAGUGCUGCAUUUAAAAACGACACUGAUAGCAAACGUGGAUUUCCCAUUGGCGCAUAUGAACCCAUUGAUGAGACUGCCAACGUAAGUGUGGGUGCUGCUGAUGUUGGACUUUUAACACGUGAGGCGUCGCCGCCCGUUUCGGAUGAUGGCAGUGACGUCGAGUCGUUGCACUCUUUCCAAUACUCACCGAAAGGUGUAGAUAUUCCGUCAGCAGAACGAUUAGCCAAGCGCCUGUUUAAUCUGGAGGGCUUCAAAAAAAGUCAUGUUUCGCGGCAUUUGAGCAAAAACAACGAAUUCACCCGCGCUGUUGCUGAAGAAUACCUGAAGUUUUUUAACUUUGAAAACCAGUCAUUGGAUGAGGCGUUGCGCAUCUUUUUAAACCAGUUUUCGCUAUCUGGUGAAACACAAGAACGGGAACGUGUUCUAAACCAUUUCUCUCGUCGCUACUUAGAUUGUAACCCAGACUCGUUUCGUUCUCAAGAUUCUGUGCACACGCUAACGUGCGCAAUCAUGCUAUUAAACACGGAUCUUCAUGGUCCCAACAUGGGGCGAGCUCGCAUGACAUGCACAGAGUUUAUCGAAAAUCUAAAAGAACUCAAUGAUGGAAUUAACUUUCCUAAAGAUGUGCUCAAGCACCUGUACCAUGCAAUAAAAAAUCAACCAUUCGAGUGGGCCGUUGACGAUGAACCAGAAGCAAAGGACCGGCGUGUGGGAGAUAAUAGCGGCAGUGUAAUUCUUAGUAAUGAAACUAGUGGUAUUUUGAGAAGUGGAGGAGGAGGCAUCGGUGGUGGUAGUGUAGCUAACGCUGGAGGUGGCGGAGGAAGUUUGCAGGGUCCUGCGAUUGGUUCGAACUCCUUCUUCGAUACGCCUUCGAUGAUGGCCGCCGUGGAGUAUAAAAAAGGCUAUAUUAUGCGGAAAUGUUGCAGUGAAGCGAACAAUAAACGGACUCCUUUUGGACGUCGGUCAUGGAAGAUGGUCUUCUGCACGGUACGUGAUCUGGCGCUCUAUCUACAUAAAGACGAGCAUACGUUCAGAAAAUACCAAAUGUCCGAUCACGUUCAUAAUGCAAUUCGAAUCCACCAUGCUUUGGCCACUCGAGCGAUCGAUUAUACAAAGAAGGAACACGUCUUCCGUCUUCAGACUGCAGAUCAAUCGGAGUUUCUAUUCCAAGCGGGAGACUCGAAGGAGCUUCAGUCAUGGAUAGACACAAUCAAUUUCGUUUGUGCUGCUUUUUCGGCUCCACCACUUGAGGGUGGCGUAGGUAGUCAACGGCGAUUCCAACGCCCACUGUUACCCAGCAUGCAGAGCAAGUUACUUAUGCGUGAACAAUUAGCUUCGCACUACCAUCAGAUUGAUAAACAUAAGCGCCUGCUUGAGGAGCAUAAGUCGAACCCCGUAACUGGCAAUAAGGGUUUGAACCUGCAAAAUUAUCGAGAUAAGGAGCAGUAUCUCGAUUUCGAGAUUAAGCGCUACCGUACGUACUAUACUUUGUUAAGCUCCCGCCUCAGUGUGGACCAUGCGGAACUUGGAAGCCAGGACGAUAGUUCUGAUACAUCGAUGAUUAGUGGUUCUUCUGAGCCGCAGGAAGUAGGGCGUCGCACUAUUGCUGGCAACAUUAUCCACCAACAUCAGUCAACAAUCGAGCAACAGGGCGAAGUAGAGGCUGCGGCUGUGGCAGUAACAAACAAUCUUCGAGCUGGUGGUGUUGGAAACAAGUAUGAGCACGGUGGAGUUGCUAUGUAUCGUUCGGAUGAUUCGCAGGAAUUUGGCUGACGAGUCAUGGGAGUAUUAUACGCCUGUGUCUUAUAGUUUUUGUUACUCCCAUUGCUCAAAAAACGAUCACUAUCUAAAAACAGAUGAGAAUCAUUCAUUUCUAUAU